AUGACGUGCUAUGGUAUGGAAUACCUGUUUGGCUAUCGUGGAGACCCUCUCUCCAGCCAAGAUCUUCAGCUUGGAGGAGUCAAUGCUUUAUUAUUAUCCAUCUAUUUGACUUUUGUUCACACCUUGGAUAACAGAGUGAUACGGAGCAAAACUACAACCAAAGGGAUCUACUUGCUUGCCUGGUUCUUUGGCAGCCUUCUCAGCAUCCCAACCUUUAUGUUUCAGACUGUGAAACACUUUCCCCUGUGGAAUAUUUCAGCAUGCACUUCAGACUUCCCCGCCCCAUUGUGGGUAACAGCUGAAAGGCUGGUAUUCAACACAGUGGGGUUUGUGUUGCCAUCUACAGCAGUUAUCUUCCUUAAUUUCUCUACCAUAUGCAUCCUAAAAAAAAAAAAAAGGCAAGAAAAGCAGAUCACUCAGAACAAAGAGUUGCAAAGAGCACAAAGCACAAAGGCUACCAGGCUAAUCUUCACAGUGGUACUGAUGUUCUUCCUGUGCUGAACUCCUUACCUUUUUUUUAAUUCCUUGAUAUACCAGACAAAAGCGAUCAAAGGGUGUUUCUGGGGGGAACUGCUCAACUUUGGCGAGCAGUUUGAUUACACUCUGGCUAUCACCAACAGUUGCAUUAACCCUGUGAUUUAUGUCUUUGCUGGGAAAUACUUCAGGCAAAAAGCAUUAAUACUGUAUUAUAUUGGAAUAUCUCUCAUCUGA